CAAUUUGAUCGCCAGGAAAAAAAUAGCGCAGACAUCCCCCAAUGCUAGGGGAUGUACAACUGAGACCAAUACGUACGACAUUCUGAUUCAGAAUGAGUCGUUAAAGGUAAAGCUUUUCGAUACGCCCGGCCUUGAUCAGGACUCUGAAAGUGCAGUCCCAGAUGAGAAAGCUCGACUACUCUUGGAGAACCUCAUUCGAACUCUGACAGAACAAGGUGGCAUUCAACUCAUCGUGUACUGUGUGCGGGGUGCCACAAGAGCGGCGACUCAGGCACUCCGCGGCCACUACGACUUUAUUCGCUCCAAAGUCGAGAAGCUAGUUCCAAUUGUCCUUGUCGUCACAGGUUUGGAUUGCCGUGAACCAGAAAUGGAAGAUUGGUGGAGGGUUAACGAGACAUACAUCUCAAACCUCGGGAUGAACUUUGCUGGUCACGCGUGUGUCACCACGGCGAAUGCAAAAUCUCAGCUGGGGGAGCGCCGCAACCAAUCAUACCAUACUGUCUGUAACCUCAUCAAGCAGACAAGCACGAGUGCAACCCGUAGCAACACUCAUAAAAAUGUCAUCCUCUUUGGGCAGGCGGGGUCAGGCAAAAGCUCACUCAUCAACCUCAUGGCGGGAAAGGACGAAGCAGACACAUCACCCGAUAUGAAACCCCACCGGGCUAUAAGCUCGGCAGAAUAUGACAUCGAAUUCGAUGGGGAGUCUUACAAGGUGUUCGAAACCAUCGGACUCGAGGAACCACAGCUGGGGCUCCCACAGUACCUCGAAACUGUCAGGAGUGCCUGUGAGCUUAUCCAGAAUUUGGAGAGCCAAGGCGGUAUUGAUCUACUUCUGUUCUGCAUGCGCGCAGGCAGACUCACUGCCACGCUUCAGAGCAAUUACCGACUCUUUCACGAAUUCCUCUGCGACAAACAGGUUCCCAUUGUUAUAGCGAUCACGCACCUCGAAGAAGAGGAGGGUCGGCUGAAUGCCUGGUGGGAGAGAAACGAGGAAGUCUUCCUUGAACAGGACGUCCGUGUCGAUGGUCAUGCUUGCGUCGUUGCCGCUGAUCGGCAUGACAAAUACCCACUUCAGUAUAAAGAAUCGCGCGUCAAGAUCCGCAACCUUGUCAAGAAGUUUACUGUCGAGAGGAAGUCGACAUUGUCAAGAGGAGACCAUUUCGUGAGGUUUAUGUUGAAGCUGAAGAACCUACUACUUCCAGGUGGAGUGAAUAGGAAGCAUAUUGUCUCUUACCUUACCACCCGUUGUGGUGUGCCUCGAGAUGCUGCAAGAGAAGUGGCUGAAAUGAUCAAGAACACCAAGCGUAAGAAUGUCGUCCUCUUCGGGCAGACAGGAGCAGGGAAAAGCUCGCUUAUCAACCUCAUGGCGGGAAAGGGUGUUGCAGGUACAUCCAACGAUAUGAAAGGCUGCACUAUGCGCUCGGAAGAAUAUGACAUCGAAUUCGGUGGCGAGUCUUACAAGGUGUUCGAUACCAUCGGACUCGAGGAACCACAGCUGGGACUCACACAGUACCUCGAAGCUGUCGAGAAUGCCUAUAAGCUCAUCCAGAAUUUGGAGAGACAAGGCGGCAUUGAUUUGCUUCUGUUCUGCAUGCGCGCAGGCAGACUCACUGCUACGCUCCAGAACAAUUACUGGCUGUUUCACGAAUUCCUCUGCGAGAAGAAGGUUCCAAUUGUUGUAGCGAUCACGCACCUCGAAGAAGAGGAGGGUGUGCUGGAUGCCUGGUGGGAGAGAAACGAAGGAAUCUUCCUCGAACAGGGUGUCCAUGUCGCUGGUCAUGCGUGCAUCAUCGCCGCUGAUCGGCAUGGCAAAUACUCAGACCUGUAUGAAGAAUCGCGCGUCACGAUCCGCAAUCUUGUCAAGAAGUUUGCCGGGGGGCCAGAGUGGACAGGAGGAAACAACCUGUUCGUGUCGUUGAUGCGUAAGCUGAAGGAGCUACUUAUAGGUCCGGUGAAUCCGAGGAAGGAUACCGUCCCCCGCCUCACCAAGCGUUGUGGUAUGUCUCGAGAAGCCGCAACACAAUUGGCUGAUAUGAUCAAGUAAGGGGUGGCUACCUGACUUCCCGUGUUUAAAUUGGAUAACUCGUGCUCAUCCUACCUGCCUACAUACACCUCCAUACUAUCUACAUGCAGUGUGUGGUGCCACUCUUCGUCGGAGAAUGCAAAUCAUUGUAGCGCUUCAGAGAUGUUGUGGAGUUAACUGUCUGAUCCAAUUUGAACGUUGU